CAAUACACCACCUCUCUUCUCUCUCAUUAACAAAAAAUCCCUCUAGAUCGGAAGACGAAGAAGAAGCAGACAGAGGAGAGGAGAUUAGCGCUGCUGUAAUUCGUCAUGGCAAAAACAGAUUGCAGUCUCCAACAACCUAAAUCCUAAAGGCGAGGGGCGAUGACAACAGGUCGAGGCUCAAGUAUUUAGAUUUCGUGGUUGUCGCCACCAUUCAUUUGAUGAUGCUCAUCGCCACCAUCUACGGUUUCGCCAAGGAGAGAUCCGGCCGCCUCAAGCCCACUAUUUGCGUCGUUGAGAACUCUGUCAGGGCACUUAUUGCCCCGCUUUACGCCAAAACACACCAUCUCCCCAUUCAACUCCUCACCUUUGCGGAUCGCAAGGUUGAUGAAUCUGUGCACAGAAUGAAGAAGUACGUGCCCUCAUCUCUGAAACGUGCAUCUUUCAAAGCCUUCAACCAAGCUCGGAGAGCACCUGUUGCUGCUCGAUGUGUGAUGGCUGAUGUCCAGAAAACCGGGAUGGUGGAGACGGCUUCUGGACAUGCAAAAUCUGUGUAUUUCAAGUAUGAGCCAGUAGCCAAUGAUUUCUACACCAAGUAUGAACCGGUGACUGAGGAGUAUGCACUGUAUGUAUGGCAUUUGCUGAACCAGUAUGCCCUCUUCCAACGAGCCGCUCUAGCUGCUGGUCCACUAGCAGGUUAUUGCUCGGAGAUGUACAAUCAGAAGGUUGAGGUUGCUGCUAAGAAUGGGUACAAGGUGGCAGCACAUCUUCCUAUCAUACCUGUUGAGAAGAUUGCUGAGGCUCUGAGGACUGAGAAUAUGAAGCCUGUAGUGAUUGAUGGAGGCCGCGGAGGGGAAGAAAUCAAGGCCAAGUAAUAAUUGUUUAGCAGGUGGGAACCAUCUUCU